AAUCCAAAAGAAAUCCAAGGACAAUUUCGGAAUAAGACGUAUCCACUAUAAAUUUGUGAACCCUAAUUUUUUUCCGCUAACACUUUCACUCUCUCUCUCUCUGCGGCUAAGCAUUCCGAAUCCGAAAAAGUGACAUCCUCCGCUUUCGCUUCUGCUAAGUUGUGAAGAUGUUCACAUCAAGGAAGAAAAUCAGCAAAGAUAAGGGUGCUGAACCAACUGAAUUCGAGGAAUCCGUUGGACAGGCUUUGUUUGAUCUAGAAAAUACCAACAAUGAGCUGAAAAGUGAGCUCAAAGAUUUAUACAUAAAUUCAGCAGUGCAAAUCGAUGUUUCUGCCAACCGUAAGGCUGUGCUUAUCCAAGUCCCAUACAGAUUGAGGAAGGGUUUCCGCAAAAUUCAUGUUAGGCUUGUUAGGGAGCUCGAGAAGAAAUUUAGCGGAAAGGACGUAAUCGUGAUUGCCACCAGGAGGAUUGUUAGGCCACCAAAGAAAGGUUCUGCUGCUCAGCGCCCCCGCAGCCGUACACUUACUGCUGUGCAUGAAGCAAUUCUUGAGGAUCUCGUGUUACCUGCUGAGAUUGUUGGGAAGCGUACUCGUUACAGAGUUGAUGGAUCAAAGAUCAUGAAGGUGUUUUUGGACCCAAAGGAGCGUAACAAUACCGAAUACAAGUUGGAGACGUUUACUGCAGUUUACAGGAAACUAUCUGGAAAAGAUGUUGUGUUUGAGUAUCCAAUUACUGAGGCUUAGGUUUCAUUUUUCUCAGUUUUGAAUUUUUUUUCAUGAACUGCCUAUGGUGAAUGCUUCUGGUUAAGUUUUGUUCAAGAGUUCUGAUUCUGAAUUUUGUUGACUUGAAAAAAAACUUUGGUCUAGUUUAUUAAUGUAGCCUAUGAUACAUUAUUUAUUAUAGGAUCCAAAUGACUUAUUUCUAUA